AUGCACGCUUACAGAGAAGAGCAACUCUUUUGGGACGACGACUCAAUGCCCGAAUACCUGGACAUGACGACCUCCACAUCUCACGGCAAUCAAGUUUCGAGUCCUCGCGGGUGUGACUCUACAGGCUGGAGCACCACCUAUAGCUCAGCAACUUCAUAUUGCCAACCACGUCAGAGUCCUCCAGUUGAGUUUGACGUGUCUUCCCUGUAUGGCGCGAAAUCACGAUCCCAGGAAGCCAUCGAGAAGCGCAAGUCGCAGAAUCGGAAAGCACAAAGAGCCUACCGUGCUCGCCGCGAAGCACAAGUCAAAAAGCUGAUCGAGGAUCUCAACGCCCUGUUACAGCGCUGCGACCAGGACAGGGUGGAACAGGAGCGUCUGCGCAGAUGCCUCGCCAAACUCCAGCAAGAAAAUGAGGAGCUGAAACGACUGCUGAGGAGCGGGUAG